UUUUCUCUGUGUAGUGAUCCUUGCCAGCCCGGAUACCAAAAGAAAAAGAAGGAAGGGGAGAAAUUCUGCUGCUAUGAUUGUGUUCCCUGCCCUGAAGGGAAGAUUUCACAUGAAAUAGAUAUGGUUGACUGUUCCCCAUGCCCAGAAGAUCAAUAUCCAAGCAAGAAGCAAGAUCAAUGUGUUCUCAAGACUUUAAAUUUUCUGUCUCAUAAAGAGCCAUUAGGGAUGAGUUUAGCCUUGGUUGGGAAUAGCCUAUUUAUAACUACAGCCUUUGUCCUUAAAACUUUUGUUAAGCACCAAGACACUCCAAUCGUCAAAGCCAAUAACCGGGAAUUGACAUUUACACUCCUUCUAUCCCUUCUCCUUUGCUUUCUUUCACCUUUACUGUUUUUUGGGCAGCCUAACAAGUCCACUUGCUUUCUUUGCCAAACUGCUUUUGGCAUUGUUUUUGCAGGGGCCGUUUCCUGUGUAUUAGCUAAAACUAUCACCGUAGUUGUAGCUUUCAUGGCCACCAAACCAGGGUCCAACAUGAGGAAAUGGUUGGGGAGAAAAUUGGCCAGUUCCAUUGUUAUUUCCUGCACCCUUGUUCAAGCAAGUAUUUGUUCUUGGUGGAUGGCAAUCUCUCCUCCCUUCCCAAAUUUGGAUAUGCAUUCUCUCACUAGUGAAAUCAUAGCAGAAUGUAAUGUGGGAUCUUCUGUCAUGUUCUAUCUUGUCCUGGGCUACUUAGGAUUUCUAGCCAUCAUUAGUUUUAUGGUGGCUUUUUUUGCCAGAAAGUUGCCAGAUGCUUUCAAUGAAGCCAAGUUUAUCACCUUCAGCAUGCUGAUGUUUUGUAGUGUUUGGUUGACUUUUGUCCCUACCUAUCUGAGCACAAAGGGGAAGUAUAUGGUGGCUGUGGAGAUCUUCUCCAUCCUAGCAUCCAGUGGUGGAUUGCUAUCUUGUAUCUUUUUCCCCAAAUGCUACAUUAUUCUGUUGAGACCUAAAUUAAACAACAAGCAGCAGUUAAGAAAAAGCAAUUAA